AUGGUUGACGUGGAGCGGUACUUUCCCCGUGCGGUGGCGCACCUUAAAGCUGUUCCAGCGUCCGCAGAGGCCGCCGAGGCAAGUCGCACUCGCCGCUGGCACGCGGCAACGCAUGAGGUUAACACCGACGGAAUCGUGACGCCAGCGAAGCGCGCGGAGAGGGAGCGGCGGGAGAGUGGACUCGGGUCCUUUUUUGACGAGGGCAGCCUUGACGUGCGUGGCGGGAUCGCGGACAAGCUAAAAAGUGGUGCGUACGGUAGCGCCCGCGACACGGUGGAGCGCGCCUCCCCAGACAUCCUCAAGCUCACCGGCGGCAAUGCACGUCGUCACGGUGGGCUGUGCUUAUCUACGGAGAGCAACGCGGCACCGGCUGACCAAACAAUCGAGGGUGACCGUGGCGACGUUGGGGCGUAUCGCGAGUUUGGAGACACCCCAGUGCAGCUGACCGACAUGCUGCGAGAGCGGCUGAUGGAGCUCAAGGCGGAGAAGCUGCGGGAGGAGCGCAGUGAGACGUUUCUGCCACAGCGCCUUUGCCACCGCUCUGCCAGCGAGCUUCUAAUGCUGGCGGAGCACGGAGAAGCCUCGGCGGUGGAGGCUCGCAAUCGCGUUACAAAGCAGCAGCCGAACCCCCUCGCUUUGCAGCGCAAAGCCGAACCGUCGCGCAGUGGCGCAGCCGCCACCACCACCUUGGCAGAUCUGGCGCCCCAGAAAGAGGAGGAGACAGCGCUGCCGGGCGACGCGGCGCGAGACAGCCUGCUGCGUGCGACCUGCAACAGGCCCAUUCUGCAAGAUGGGGUGUCACCUGCUCAGGUUGCCAGUGCAAUGCAGGUCCUGGCCGGCACUGACGACUCCGUGCCGGGCGCCUCUCAGCACGACUUACUGCGUCGCUUGGCCGCCAUCGCCGCCCACACCGGUCGUUGCGCCUCAGCUAUGAGGUCGGGUGACGGCGCAGGUGUCUCGGCCGAAGGGGAGGAGCGUCCUGGGUUUGUGCACCUCCUGCGCACCCUACCUCGGGCCGGCUUUUGCAGUCGACGCGAGGCGGCCGCCAUCAUCGCGAGUGGGCAGGUGCGUGUCAACAACGUAGUGGAGCGCAACCCAUUCCGUCUGGUGGAGGCACAGGAUGACGUGCAUGUUGCUGGUCACCAGUCCCGCCUGCGCUUUGCGCCGCCGCGGCUGUGGAUGUACAACAAGCCAGCAAACGUUAUUGUUUCCCGAAACGACGUGGCGGGCCGCACACUCAUCACGAAGCACGCGCGCAUUCUUGGCAUGGACCACCUGGUCCCUGUUGGCUCGCUGCCCAUGCGCGCUCACGGCAUCCUCCUCCUCACGAACGACGGUGAGCUUUCGCGCUUCUUGGAGAGCCCCAAGUCGAUGGUGCAGCGGACCUACAUGCUGCGGGUUCGGCCAGCGUUUGGCCCCGUCCUUGUGCACAAGCUGAACACGGAGGGCAUUCAAAUCAACGGGCGUCGCUAUCGAAACACAGAGUUCUUUGUCAACCCUGCCACCAAGUCGCGCUACUCCGUUAAGGUGAAGGUGCGUGGCGAAUCGAUGCCGAUCGCGCACUUGAUGCAGCAUCUUGGCCGCACGGUGGAGCGGGGCGGCCGCAUCUCAUUCGGGCCUUUUGCUCUCUCCAACCUCGCUGUUGGCUCCGUUCGCGAGGUGACCAUCCCACCGUUCUACUCGCAGCACCUUGGCGCUGCCUGGAAACCCUUCGUUGAGCGCGAUUGGCCCUACUUUCGUCGCCAGCGAGUUUCGCGGCUUCGCAGGUUGUGCCAACAUCGCGAACUCACGCCAAAGGAGCUGGAGGAGCUCGACAACUACACCUACGAAGAGGUCAAAGAUGUGCUGGAUUUGGAAUCGAGCGAACUUCAGGCGCUCGCGGAGCAGCGAGCACAACAGCUGCGACACGCGAGUCACCUAGGUGAGGAACUCCUUCCGCUUCCAGGCGAGUUCCCCAACGGAUCGUGCCGCGGGAGUGUGGGGGAUGUGGCCGUCGACGACGUGGCUACGCCUUUUGCGGAAGUCGAUGAGGAGGUAGGCGAGGACGCGAUUGUGGAGGAUAUUGCUUCCCUUCGCUGA